AUGAAGUCCCCCGGAAUCAUUCCUGCUGGAAUGACUGCUCUCAACGGAUACUAUGUUCCUACCAAUCCUUCGAUUCCCGGAACCUCAGAGAUCAAACAAUUCGACUUCACGGUUGACGGUCAUCCCAAGUUGAUUAGAGUCUUGCAUCGACAAGACCGGUCCGUUGAGCCGCCCCGCUUCCGGCUCCGAGUCGUGGAGCACCCCAACUGGGUGACACGGUCCGUGCGCAAAAGAAAGGUCGACUGGAACGCCGCGGUGGACGCAGGUCCAGCACCGUUCACCCACCCCACCGCGACUCUGCCGGACAUCUACAAGGCAGUUUUGGAGACCCUCGGACGCGAAAUCUCGGAGGCUACGCUGGAACAGAUCAACAACCUCCACAAAGACGACACCACUCUCGACCUGCCCCUCGAGGGAGAUAAGGUCUGGUUCGAUGACUAUAGCUGGAUUCAGCUUCCCAUUAAGCGUUCUUCGUACCUAGCCAUCGACCCAGACGACGACGGUGACUCUGACGACACCGGCACCGUAGGCGACAACGACCGGUACCUCGACUGCGAUUUCGAUUGCGGCGACGCUUUCGCGGACGAGAACGAGAAGACAUUGCAGGGCGAUUCUGACACGGCUGGCAAAGAUUGUGACGGCGACUAUACAAUGGCUCCCUCCGGCCCCAAGGCGCAGAGCGUUGCGCAGAGUGCUGCUGCCACGAACAACUCAGCACUGGCCGCCGAACCCGCGGCUGCUAAGGGUCCGCACCCUGGACAUAUGCAGGUGUCUUGCCAGUUCACGAGCGAGCAGAGAUUGAGACGCAUGCUGCGAGACAACAAGAGCGAUCCAGCUAGGGAGGAUAGCUACCGUCUUCAGGGAGUGCAGCUCAUCGAUAACGUCCGCACCAUGCUGCGCGUCCCUAUCAAGACGUUUGACACUGCUUGUGUCUACUUCCACUGGUUCAGACUCUCGUUCCGCGACGCCGAGUACAACUACUCAGAUGCUGCCAUGGCUUGUCUCUUCCUGGCCUGCAAGGUUGAGGACACCAUCAAGAAGUCCAAGGAGAUCCUGUGUGCUGCGUACAACAUUAAGAAUCCCGAGCACCCCACGACCCAGGACGAUAAGAUGUUCGAACAGCCCUCCAAGAUCAUCAUCGGCCUGGAGCGCCUGGUCCUUGAGACCGUCGGUUUCGACUUCCGCUGCCGCUACCCCCAGUCCGCUUUGCUGAAGGCAACCAAGAAGAUCCUGGGUCCCCAGUCCAAGACCGUCUUCGCUACCGCCAUGGAGAUGAGUGUCGACCUGUACAAGACCUUUGCCCCAGUCAAACAGACAACCUACGCCCUGGCUCUUGGUCUUCUAGAGCUCAGCGCCCGCCUCCUCGGUCAAGGCGUCGACAAGGUAGAGAAGAUUAACUACGCAGACUUCCACACGACGCGCCAAAACGUCGUCGAGACGGUCCUCGACCUCCUCGACCUCUACACCCAACACGGCAAGUCCACCAAGCUCGGCGUUCAGUUCGACCUCAACAAAUUCAUCGAGGUCAAGAUCGUCAUCAACAGCGAGGUCGACAACACUCCAGGCCUCGUGCGCUACGCCCACUGGUGCACCAACUGUGACGGCGGCGAGGACGAGAACCUCUCCAACGGCGUCUCCGUCCUCAAGAAUAUUUCCUUCUUUGGUAGCAAUUCUGCUAAGCGCAACGGGCGCAACCAGGACGGCACCAUGCGCUUCGUGUUUGACCCGGACCGCGCCCGCCAGGAGCGCAAGGAGGUCGAGGCUUACUACCGUGACGAGUAUGAAGAGUACGAGGUCGAGGUUGAGGUUCCCAUUGAGCCUGAGCAGCGCGGCGGCGGCAACAACAAUAACAACCAUAACCACCGCGAUAAGCGUCAUGAGGGCGGCGGCGGCGGUGGUUGGGGCGGUCGUCGUAACCACCAUGGUCGUGCCAAGGGCCGCGGUUACUACUGA